AUCCCAUUCUACUACACCACGGCACCCCCCGACCACCACCGCCGUUGCAUGCCUCGCACGCCGCCGAUUUCGACGGCCAAACCCCCCGUGCGGCCCGUCUGCGCACUCGCCUCUUAUUCAAUUUCGGAUUGAACGUCCUUUUGAUACGUACCUGCGCACGACUUUUUUGUCUCCCUCGUCCCGCGGCCAAAACCUCCUCUCUCGCGGCCCUCGAAAUCGCCCACGGCUCGUUUGAAAUCACUCCAAGACGGCGGCUUCCCUCUCGGUGGUCUUCCCGACGACGCCCGUCACCACCCCGAACCGCCGAUACGAUGCGACUGUCGCCAUAGCCCUUCGAAUACUGCGACGACCACCAUCCCGUGAGCACGUCGAAACAGACCUCCAAGACUUGAAUGAGCGCUGCCGACGAUACGUACGAUCGCAGCGCCUCCCCUUAAUACGAUAAUAUCCCCCCAUCACAACACCCUCGCCAUGGUGUCGGCCCCGAGCGCCGGCGGCGGCGUCGCCAGCAGCACAAAUGCCAGCGCCCGCAAUUCCCCAGCCCCGAGAUCAACCCCGACUCAGGCGUCGACGAGGCCAAAACGCAAAGUCAAUACCAACGGCUACCACCCUGCCAACACGACGGUCCCCUUGAGCGCCAUGGUCAGCACGAGUCUGGACCUGACGUCGGUCGAACGUCGCGGCCAGCCCACGGCGGUGCGCGAGCCUCUCAAGAAGAAGGACCGCCUGCACGGCAUCUCGGAUGCCCCGACAUACUGCCCGAAUGAGGAAGAAUGGCGCGACCCGCUCGAAUACAUCAAAAAGAUUGCCCCAGAGGCAUCUGAAUACGGCAUGUGCAAAAUCAUACCCCCGGACUCAUGGAAUCCCGACUUUGCAAUUGAUACCGAGAAGUUUCAUUUCCGGACUCGAAAGCAGGAGCUCAAUUCUGUAGAAGGGAGCACCCGCGCCAACCUGACUUACCUCGACGGGCUGGCCAAGUUUCACAAGCAGCAGGGCAAUCACCUGCUUCGCCUGCCCUAUGUCGACAAGAAGCCCCUGGAUUUGUAUCGCCUGAAAAAGGCCGUAGAGUCUCGCGGUGGCUUCGACAAGGUCUGCAAGCUCAAGAAAUGGGCCGAGAUCGGUCGAGACCUGGGCUACAGUGGGAAGAUCAUGUCGUCGCUCUCGACGUCACUCAAGAACUCUUACCAGCGAUGGCUCUGCCCCUACGAAGAAUAUCUUCGCCUUGCCAAACCCGGCGUUCACCAGCAGCUGGAGCAAGAGUACGGUGGACCGUUGACCCCGAGCCCGGCACCAACUCCGCCUAAGCGAUCAAAUGGAAACACACCAUCGAGCGCGAAAGGCGACUCGCCCACCCGGCAGGCGUCUGAUGCGUUGCAGUCCAGCUUCAGCAGCCUGAAGAAGGAGACGGAUCGGGACACGCCGAUGCUUGAUGCUCCGCCGAUACCGACUUCAGCGAGCACGCCGGGAGGCUUUACCGCUAUCAAUACGAAUGGCUUCACUGCCGUCAACGCUGCAUCUAGCGCCGCCAGCCGAGCCGCAAAUGGCGAAACAAAGAGUUUCACGCCGGACCCGAAAAGGUUUGAUACUCCGGGCUCCUCUGCCAAAAACACGCCAGAGACUCGGCCGGUCGGACUCGCCGCUGCAGCCGCCCUCAAACGGCAACUGAGCUGUGACAGCUCCUCCGACUCCGCGAGGAAGGAUACCGACGCGGAUAAGGAGGACGGGGAGAGCAGCAGUCGCCGGAGCAAGCGAUUGAAGAAGGAGGCCGUCCCAACGGUCGCGGGAUCUCACAUGACGCCUUUCAGACCCUCUGUUCCUCGAAUUCCUCGCGAUGAGGCUCCCACGGCUGGCGACAAAUGCGAGAUUUGCGGGAAAGGCGAUGAUACAGGUUCUCUUCUCGUCUGUGAAUCGUGCGACCAUUCGUACCAUGGUCUAUGCCUGGAUCCGCCUCUGAAGCGAAAACCAGAUGCCGAAUGGAACUGUCCCAGGUGUCUCGUCGGCGACGGACAGUUCGGAUUUGAAGAAGGUGGUUUAUACUCGCUGAAACAGUUUCAACAAAAGGCCAACGACUUCAAACAGGGCUACUUUGAGAAGAAGAUGCCCUUCGACCACGCCCUCAAUUGCCAUCGACCAGUGACAGAGGAGGACGUCGAGGUUGAAUUUUGGCGCCUCGUUGCCGAUUUGGAAGAAACAGUGGAGGUGGAAUACGGCGCCGAUAUCCACUGCACAACUCACGGCUCGGGCUUUCCCACGGUUGAGAAGAACCCCAACAGCCCAUACGCGACCGACCCAUGGAAUCUCAACGUCCUUCCGUUCCACGCCGACAGCCUUUUCAGGCACAUCAAGUCGGACAUCUCGGGCAUGACAGUACCCUGGGUGUACGUCGGCAUGAUAUUCUCCACCUUCUGCUGGCAUAACGAGGAUCACUACGCAUACUCGGCGAACUAUCAGCAUUUCGGUGCCACGAAGACCUGGUACGGCAUUCCCGGCGAGGACGCUGAGAAAUUUGAGGAGGCGAUGAAGGAAGCGGUGCCCGAGCUGUUUGAAACGCAACCAGAUCUGCUAUUCCAGCUCGUCACCCUGCUCACUCCGGAGCAGCUGAAGAAGGCCGGCGUGCGCGUGUAUGCCUUGGACCAGAGGGCGGGGCAGUUCGUCAUCACAUUCCCCCAGGCUUACCACGCUGGUUUCAACCACGGCUUCAACUUCAACGAGGCUGUCAAUUUUGCACCUUCCGACUGGGAGCCUUUCGGUCUCGCCAGCGUCGAAAGGACUCAGGCUUUCCGGCGCCAGCCAUGCUUUUCUCACGACGAACUGCUGUGGACCGCAGCGGAAGGUAGUGCCGCGUCGAGCCUCACCAUAGAAACGGCAAAGUGGCUCGCUCCGGCCCUCGAUCGCAUUCACAAACGUGAAAAGACGCAGCGGGCAGACUUCGUCGCCAAGCAUGAAGAAGCGUUACCCCAUAAAUGUCCCCUUUCGGGCAGUCCGGGCGAAGGUGACUGCCCAUUAACUUACAAGGUCGAAGACGAAGACGUGCUCGAUGAGGACGAACAAUGCUGCAGCUACUGCAAGGCGUUCGCAUACCUGUCACGCUUCAAGUGCCAGCGAUCCGGCAAGGUCGUGUGCAUUCUUCACGCCGGAACACACCCCUGCUGCGAGAUGACCGAGCAACAGAGACUCACCGGCGAGGGUCAUACCCUGAUCUACCGCAAGACCGAAGACGAUAUGACCGCGGCUCAUGACAAAGUCGUCGAAAAGGCUCGCACCCCAGAGCUAUGGGAAGAAAAGUACGCCAAGACACUCGAGGAAGAAGCCACGCCGUCGCUAAAAACUCUCCGCACCUUACUUCAUGAAGGUGAACGCAUUCCAUACGACUUGGCAUCGUUGCCGAUUCUUAAGGAGUUUGUCGACAGAUGCAACGAAUGGGUCGAGGAAGCGACGAACUAUAUUGUGCGAAAGCAACAGAACCGGCGCAAAAACGAGCGGGCCUGGCAGAGCGGCAUGCGAAAGUCGAUCGGCAACUCCUACCAGGACCAGAAAGAGCGCGAAUCGCGCAACGUGUCCAACAUCUAUCGGCUUUUGAGAGAAGCGGAACAUAUCGGCUUCGACUGCCCGGAGAUUGCGCAGCUCCAGGAGCGGGCAACCGCCGUUAAGGAGUUCCAGGUGCGGGCCGCAGCCGCCCUCGAGAAUAGCAACAGCAUGUCCAUGGAGACGGUCGAAGAGCUCCUCGAGGAGGGUCGUGGCUUUAACGUGGACACGCCCGAGGUCGACAGACUUUCGAGAGUGCAGGAGCAGAUGCGCUGGAACGAAAAGGCCCGAUCUAGCCGUGGCGCUUUCCUUUCCCUGAAGGAAGUCCAGGAUCUCAUUGAGGAGGGCAAGCGGCUUGAGAUCCCGAGCUACAACGACCAUCUCAAAUUCUACUGCGACCAGAUGCUUGCCGGCGAGACAUGGGAGAGGAAAGCACGGGAGCUCAUCGAUGCAGAGGUUGUCCAUUACCCUCAGCUGGAGGCCCUCUCCAACCAAGUGCAGGUCAACGCACUUCCAGUCUCGCGGGAGACGUUAGCUAGCGUCGACCAGAUUCUUCACAAGCAGCGUGAGGCGCACCGUCAGAUUCUCGACAUCACGGAAAGAUGUCGCAAUCCGGACUACUCGAAGCGACCAAAGUAUUCGGAAGCGGUUGAAAUUUCUAAGAAGCUGGAGGACCUGAAUUCGAAACCCAACGGCACGCUCGACUUGGAGAAUGAGAAGAAGAGGCACGAGGAUUGGAUGCGCAAAGGCAAGAAGCUGUUUGGAAAAUCCAACGCGCCGCUCCACAUUCUCAAGAGCCACCUCGAGUAUGUCCUAGACCGUAACUCGGACUGUUUCGAUGUGGACAACGACACUCCCCGGCUUCCCGGUGAGCCGGUGUCGCGGGAGGCCAGCCCCGAGCAAGGUGGCAAUCGCUGGGAAGAUCCUCGCGCCAGGCAAGUCUUUUGCAUUUGCAGAAAGAUUGAGGCUGGCAUGAUGAUUGAGUGCGAACUCUGCCAUGAGUGGUACCAUUACAAGUGUUUGAAGAUCGCGCGAGGGAAGGUCAAGGAGGACGACAAGUACACGUGCCCGAUCUGCGACUGGCGGAUGAAGAUACCUCGGGACGCUGCGAGACCCAAGCUUGAAGACCUCGUGGCCCUGUCCGACGAGAUCUCGGCCCUGCCGUUCCAACCCGAUGAAGAGGACGUUCUCUCGCGCAUCAUCGACAACGCACAGACCUUUCGAGAUCGCAUUGCGCGCUACUGCAAUCCUCUUCUCUCCACCGAGGCGGAAGCAGAGACGCAGCGAUUCUACCUCCGAAAGCUCGAAGGCGCCGAAGUGCUUCUCGCCUACGAGACCAACUUUUUCCGGCAAGAACUCCAUAGGUGGUGCCCCGUCGCACCCGAGCCGCCGCCAAUUCUGGAGGUGUCACUGAGCACUCGCAAGCCCCGGCCCACCAAGCUGCAGAAGAUGCUUGCUGAAUACGGUGUGGACAACCCAGACGACCUACCCGAGCACGCCAGGGGCAAGGCGAAUAGCUUGCGCCGGAAGGCGGCAAACGCCGAAGCUGCUGCCGCCGCCUCGCACACGAAUCCUGGGGUCAUUCUGCCUCCAUCCAAUAAUUCUGCCUAUGGCGGUCCGGCGUUCUACUCCAGAGCCCCUCACACAGGUGGUUUGGACACGGCAGGGCCAUCGGGCGACCACGGUGGGAAGCUGCCGUCGCCGAUGGACAAAGACAGGGCGAAAUUGGCUGGCACCACCAUUCUGCAUCCUGGGUUCGGAUCUCAUUUGCUCAUGGAUGGCUCUAUUAUGUCAUUGGAAGAGCGCCUGUUGCAAGGAGAGGAAGAGGAAGACCCCAUGGACCUGCAGACGGAGGCUGGGAAGAGCAAGGCCCUCGAGAUCUUCGGCCGCACGGAAGCGGGGAGGAGAGAGGCCGAGAAGAUUUUUGGCGGAAAUGUAUGGGGCUCAAACCGCAGAUCCAUGAGCACCCAGGAUCGGUCCAUGACUCCUGGCGGCGCGGAAGACGACAUGAUGAAGCAUGAUCAGGGGAACGUGGACCAGAUGUUCAAGGACAUGACGAACCAGGACGAUGAAGACGAGCAGAAGAAGAAGGAGAGCGUCGCGAACGGCCCCGUUACGGCGGAAUCUCUCGAGAGCGAGAGAAAUGGCAUGGACGCGCUGUUGGAUGGUGAGUAGUUAAAGUGGAAGUUGCGUUUCAGGGAGUCACGGGAGGCGUCCAUCUUUCUCUCAGGUUUGUUUCCAUCUUUCAGGGAAGAUGGUGUGAUGGCGCAGAUCAUUGCCGGCUGCUUGCUUGCUUGACAAGGAAUGUACCAAAGGGAAAAUGUAACAUUAGUUCGCGUGCCAUGUCAUGGCUAGACGAGGCGUUUCUCAGAGAAGGGGGGGAAUACAGUCACACACAGUCACAAGU